AAGUACUAGUUCACCUCUUAUCACAGACAGCUGAUCUCUGCGAUCUCCCACCUCCCAAUUAACGCCUUCUUUGCUGCCCGCUGGCUAUGCUGCUAAGUUAAAAUUGUUCGGUCGCUCAGUAACACUGCUCUAGUAUUUUGGCACUGUUGCUGGAGGAGGAACGCAUAGUUUGUGACAAGGUCAAACAAGGUCUUCAGCAAGAACAAAAGUGAAAGUAAAACAAACAAAAAAUGUCACAGCUGUUGAAAAUGUCGAGAGGUCAUCUGCGGCAGCAAUACAAAUGCGCUGCUGCAUUCACUGCAGAGCUGCUGCCCUAUCUCGAUGGGCAGCAUAGGUCGAUGUCGUCGGCCACGGGCGGCAAAGGUGAAUAUGAUCUCGUAGUAGUGGGCGGGGGCAUAGUAGGCGCGGCUUCGGCACGAGAGAUCCUACUCCGUCAUCCGACGCUCAAAUUGGCCAUUUUGGAAAAGGAGCCCAAGUUGGCGAUGCAUCAGAGCGGUCACAACUCGGGCGUCAUCCAUGCGGGCAUCUACUACAAGCCGGGCACACUGAAGGCUCGCCUGUGCGUGGAGGGCCUAAACCUUGCCUACAAGUACCUGGACGAGCAUCAGAUACCGUACAAGAAGUGCGGCAAGCUGAUUGUGGCAACAGAUGAGAAGGAGGUGAAGUUGCUGGAGGAUCUGCAUGAUCGCGGCAUCAAGAACCAGGUGCGGGACCUGCGCAUGAUCGACGGCAAUCAAAUCAAGGAGAUCGAACCAUAUUGCCAAGGCCUCAAGGCGCUGCACAGUCCCCACACGGGCAUCGUGGACUGGGGCCUGGUCACCCAGCAUUACGGCGAGGACUUCAAGAGGGCAGGCGGCGACAUCUACUUGAACUUCAAUGUGACCAAGUUCACCGAAACCAAAGAAGGUUCCGACUAUCCCGUCACCAUACACAGUGGGAAGGAUGGCCGGCAGGUGCGCACCAAGAAUGUUCUCACCUGCGGCGGCCUGCAGUCCGAUCUGCUGGCCGAGCUGACGGGCUGUCCGCGAGCGCCACGCAUCGUGCCCUUCCGCGGCGAGUAUCUGCUUCUGUCCAAGGAGAAACAGCACAUGGUGCGUGGCAAUAUAUAUCCAGUGCCGGAUCCGCGCUUCCCCUUCCUUGGCGUCCACUUCACACCACGCAUGGAUGGCAAAAUCUGGCUGGGACCCAAUGCGGUGCUCGCAAUGAAGCGGGAAGGCUAUACCUGGGGCGACAUCAAUCUGUUGGAACUCUUUGAUGCGCUGCGCUAUCCCGGCUUCCUGAAGAUGGCCAGCAAAUAUAUAGGCUUCGGCUUCAGCGAGAUGGCCAAGUCGGCGUUCAUCAAUCUGCAGGUGAAGGCGCUGCAGAAGUACAUCCCAGACAUCACCGAAUACGAUAUCGAGCGUGGGCCGGCGGGUGUGCGCGCCCAGGCGCUCGACAUGAGCGGCAAUCUGGUCGAUGAUUUCGUCUUUGAUCGCGGCGAGGGCAGCGGAGCGCUGGCCAAGCGGGUGCUCCACUGCCGCAAUGCACCAUCGCCAGGCGCAACGAGCAGCUUAGCCAUCGCCAAGAUGAUCGCCGACAAGAUCGAAACGGAGUUUGCCAUUGGCAAGGCCAACUAGUUCCAAUUGGACUCCAGCUAAUAUUUCUUAUUCUGUGCAUUUCUCGCUCAUUCACUUUAAAUCAUAAACUCUUUUCGAUCACCCCAAUGUUUUUACCAUUGUUGAUUGUCUUUGUUUUUAUUUUGCGAAUAGAUUUAAUAUCUAUUUACUUUUUUGUUAUUUUGUA